AUGGUUGUCUCUUUCAAAGUCUCAAAAACUGGAACUAGGUUUCGCCCCAAACCCAAACCUAUCCCCAUUCCUCUUCAACCUUCUCAGGAUAACCAAUCUCAGAGUGAUGUUGUUAAAGCCGGUGAAAACAUUGAUCGGACGCUUAGCUCAUCUGAAAAACUUUCAGCAAUAGACAUGACAGGCAAGGAAGCUUCUUUUACGCUGAACCUGUACCCGGAUGGUUAUUCUAUUGGAAAACCCUGCAAGUAUGAUGCUGCAAAUCAGUCGUUACCGAAGUCGUUACUUCCGUAUGAUAGGUCAUCUGAAGCCCUUUUCUCGGCCAUUGAGUCAGGUCAUUUGCCUGGGGAUAUUCUGGAUGAUAUACCUGCCAAGUAUGUUGACGGAGCACUUAUAUGCGAGGUGCGUGAUUAUCGAAGAUGCUCUUCUAAAAAGCGAGCUGGCAUUGUGUCCGUGGAAAGUUCUCCUACUGUGAAUAAAGUAUGCCUCAAGAUGUCGUUGGAAAAUAUUGUGAAGGACAUCCCAUCUUUUACUGAUAAGUCUUGGACAUACGGAGAUAUAAUGGAAGUUGAAUCAAAUAUAGUGAAAGCAUUACAACCAAACCUUCAUCUAGAUCCUACUCCAAAGUUGGAUCGACUGUGUGAAAAUCGACUUCCAACAAAGCUCAAUUUUCAGAGAAAGCGAUUGAGAAUUAUUCCAGAGUUGGCCGUCACUUCUAGUAAUAAAAUCCCUGGGAAAAAAGAAUGCAUAGAUGGUGUGCAUGAGAACUCAGAUAGCAGGUUCGGUGAGUCGAGAAUCACUACAUCAAAUGCUAUUGUGAAACAGACUCUUGAAAAUCCAGUAAUGCAAAAUCUUAAUCCAAGCAUUGCCAUGGGAUCUAAGAAUAUUGUACCAUAUUCUUCCAUUCCAGGCGUUUCUAUGAUGUCCCAUCAAUCAAAAUAUCCAAUGGUCGUCGGAACUCCAAGAAGCUUGCAGGAGCACGGUUCAAUUUCUGGUAUAAAAUCAUCUGGGGCUUCUGCUGUACAAUAUGCCAUGCAUUCAUACGCGGAUAAUCCGAAUGCGAGUGUCUCUCUUCAUGUAAAAAGAGAGAGUCCAGAUAGACAAUCAUCACGUUUACCGAAUAUUGCAAAAAGAAUGAGGUCUGCUUCCACAGGGGUUGAUGCAAUGCAGCAAAUAGGCUCACAUGGUGACGCUCUUCAAGGAUCGGAUAUGAAUUGGCAGGAUAGAUUAUUACAGCAACAAGCAAUAGCCAGAGGUAUUCAAUAUAUUGGGGGUGGCAUUCAGAAGUUUCCCCAGCAGGUUUUUGAUGGGGGUUUAAAUCAAGAGACAGGGGCUAUUCAAUUUUCUUCUGGUCAGCAAGGCAUGAGGUUAGUUGAUAAGGUAGACCAAUUUGAAAUGGAAAGAAAAGAUGGUGCAAGGAUAAACCGCAUUAAAAGUGAGUUCGAAAUGUAUGCAAGAAAUUUAUGGCUUCAGCAAAGAAUGCCACAACAUGCAUCCAUGAGACCUAAUUUCCCACAGAAAGAAGCAAAAAAGGAGGAUCAGCUUCAGAAAAGGAAACAAAUACAGAGUCCUCGGUUAUCUAGUGGGACAUUACCUCACUCGCUAUUAUCUUCAAAAUCUGGUGAAUUUUCUAAUGGUUCAGUUGGACCAAGUUUUGGACCAUCUUCAGUGAACAAUGCAUCAGGAGCAUUACAAAAAGAGAAGGCAGCAAUGGCUUCACGUACUGCUGCUGUUGGAACUCCAUCUUUGACUUAUAUUGCUAAUGAUUCUACUCAAAGGCAACAACAGGCACACCUAGCUGCAAAACGGGGAUCUAAUUCCUUUCCCAAGACCCCAUCAAUGAGUGGAGUUGCUUCUCCUGAUAGUGUUUUUACUGACGUCCUAUUCAAUGCAAAUAGUCCCUCAGUUGGAACCUCAGCUUUUUCUAAGCAAGGUCUUCAAAAUAUGUUUGAAAGGUUCUCAAAAAUCGAUAUGGUGACAACGAGACAUAAACUUCACUCCAAGAUGGAAAAUCCAGAUCCGCCCAUUGAAAAGCAGAACACGUAUGCACCACAGCAUGUGGCAUUUCAUCUUGCAAAUGCAACUAAUAACGAGGGAUUGAUAGAUGAGUCCAGUUCUUUGUCAAAGUCACUUAUAGUUGGUAGUAUGAAUGAAUGCAAAAUGAGAGUGUUAAGCUUCAUUUGGAAUGAGCGUGUAGUUAAAGGACAUGUUGUUAAUUUAGUUCCCAGGUUCCGAACUAGGAUGAUAAUGGCUGAAAGUCCAUCUGGUGGCACAGUAGCUUGGCAUUAUGGAAACAUAGAUGAAAGUGAUUUCAAAGGCGCAGAAGAGUAUCUCCCUACAUUAUCGAAUACUCCUUUUGCGGAUUUACUUGCUGACCAGUACAGUUCACAGAUGGAACGUGAAGGAUAUGUUAAGGAAGAUGACAGAAUCCAACUAAGACCAAACCUUGUGAACCUUCCGUUGGAGCAAUAUGGAGGACCAAUUCCUGAAGGCCCUUGGGCCUUGCAGAUGUCCCAAGAAUUUCUCUCUGGUGUCUUAAUUGAAAACCCUCAGGCCUUGCAUAUGUCAGAAAUUCUCUCUGGUGUCUCAGUUGAAAACCCUCGGGCCUUGCAGAUGUCCCAAUCAUUUUUCUCUGGUGUCUCAAUGGCUCAAAGACCACAUCGACUAGACUCACAACAACAAGCUGUUCAGAAGAAGCAUCAGCUUCAACAAAAUCAACACUCGCUCCUUCAACAGCCAAAUCCACCGUUCCAGAGAUCUUUGCUCAGUGCAAAUCAGCUGUCGCAUUUAAAAAGGGUUGGACAGAAUUCAAACAUGCCAUUAGGUAAUCGCUAGUUUCACCGCCACGGCUCUACCAUGGGAGUUCCAUUGUUGAGCCAACAAACACAUCAGCAAGCAAGCCCUCGGCAGAUGAGUCAACGAACUCCGAUGAGUCCGCAACAAAUGAGGAGCAAUUCAUGGCAUGAGUACUGGUAACCCUGAAGCUUGUCCAGCAAGUUCUCAGUUGAGCUCUGAGGCACUAGGGUCUGUUGGUAGCAUAACCAAUAGCCCCUAUGGACAUGCAAGGUGUUAGUAAGAGCAAUUCUGUCAACAAUGCACAGUGAAACUGCCCAGCCUAGUAGAAAGUUCAAAGUAAAUGGAUGAAAUGACUUGAUUAUAUACACAUAAAUAAAGCAUGUGUUGGGGGAAUUAGUUUAUGGUGAUCUAGAACCAACUCAAGAAGGAAUCACAUAUAUUCUGUCGGUUGUAUAUUGCUUUCUUAAUUUUCCCCUACCCUUGUUGAUCAUCACAGGAAUUUUCGGGAUAUUUAGUUCAAAGCUUAGCACGGGUUAUUUGUACUCUGUAGAGCGAACUAAGCAUCUUUUGAUCAUACUAGUAAUGCACACAAGUAGUUCAGUAACUUUGCUCACAUGUUCAAUUUUUAGUUAUCUCUUGAAUGAUUAUAUAAGUUUAGUUAAGUUGUAAA